CUGAGAGGAAAGGGCUGGGAGCCGGGAGGCAGCCUGUCCUCCCGCGAGCCUGCAAGGAUGCGGCAGGGGACUGAGACCAUGGGGAGGUGCUAACUUCCUCUCCAACCCCCCAGCCCGGGAUCCGGGCUGGCAUACCCGGCCCCCUGGGCUAGUUUCCUGCCAAGCGCAACCAAGAAGCCAAAGGCGACUUGGAGGGCAUAAAAAGAAAAAGAGUGGUUCUGGAGAGGGGCGCCCACCUCCAGAGCCCGUCCUUCUGCAAACCCACGAGGAUAGGAGAAAGGGGAUCAGGUACUGGAGAGUGUACACAAAAAUUCCAGUCUGCGGACUCGCUCCAGAGCCUCCCAGAAAACCUGGACGAUCUGCGCCAUCGUCUUCAAUGCCUCUCUGAAAAUCCUUUAGCAAGAGUGUGAGAGAAAGAGAGGAGAGCGCGCUCCAGGGAGAGGAGCAAAGAAGAUGAGGAUUAUUUGCAGGCAGAUUGUCUUGUUGUUUUCUGGAUUUUGGGGACUCGCCAUGGGAGCCUUUCCGAGCAGCGUUCAAAUAGGUGGUCUCUUCAUCCGAAACACAGACCAGGAAUAUACUGCUUUUAGACUGGCAAUCUUUCUUCACAACACCAGCCCUAACGCAUCUGAAGCUCCUUUCAAUUUGGUACCUCAUGUGGACAACAUUGAGACUGCCAACAGUUUUGCUGUGACAAAUGCCUUCUGUUCCCAGUAUUCUAGAGGAGUGUUUGCCAUUUUUGGACUCUAUGACAAGAGGUCAGUACAUACCUUGACCUCGUUCUGCAGUGCUCUGCACAUCUCUCUCAUCACACCAAGCUUCCCCACUGAAGGGGAGAGCCAGUUCGUGCUUCAGCUAAGACCAUCAUUGAGAGGUGCACUCUUGAGCCUCCUGGAUCACUAUGAAUGGAACUGUUUUGUCUUCCUGUAUGAUACAGACAGGGGGUAUUCAAUACUUCAAGCUAUAAUGGAAAAAGCAGGACAGAAUGGAUGGCAUGUCAGUGCGAUAUGUGUGGAAAAUUUUAACGAUGUCAGCUACAGGCAACUGCUAGAAGAGCUUGACAGAAGACAAGAGAAGAAAUUUGUAAUAGAUUGUGAGAUAGAAAGGCUUCAAAACAUUUUAGAACAAAUUGUGAGUGUUGGGAAGCAUGUCAAAGGCUACCAUUAUAUCAUCGCAAAUUUGGGUUUCAAGGAUAUUUCUCUUGAGAGAUUUAUACAUGGUGGAGCAAAUGUCACCGGAUUCCAGUUGGUAGAUUUUAAUACGCCCAUGGUAACCAAACUAAUGGAUCGCUGGAAGAAACUCGAUCAGAGAGAAUAUCCAGGAUCUGAAACACCUCCAAAGUACACCUCUGCUCUCACCUACGAUGGUGUCCUGGUGAUGGCUGAAACGUUCCGAAGUCUCAGAAGACAGAAAAUUGAUAUUUCAAGGAGAGGAAAUGCAGGGGAUUGUCUGGCAAACCCUGCUGCUCCCUGGGGCCAGGGAAUUGAUAUGGAGAGAACACUGAAGCAGGUUCGAAUUCAAGGACUGACUGGAAAUGUUCAAUUUGAUCACUAUGGACGUAGAGUUAAUUACACAAUGGAUGUGUUUGAAUUAAAAAGCACAGGACCUCGAAAGGUUGGCUACUGGAAUGAUAUGGAUAAAUUAGUCUUGAUACAAGAUGUGCCUACUCUUGGCAAUGACACAGCAGCUAUCGAGAACAGAACAGUGGUUGUAACCACAAUUAUGGAAUCCCCCUAUGUUAUGUACAAGAAAAAUCAUGAAAUGUUUGAAGGAAAUGACAAGUACGAAGGCUACUGUGUAGACUUGGCAUCUGAAAUUGCGAAACAUAUUGGUAUCAAAUAUAAAAUUGCCAUUGUCCCUGAUGGAAAAUAUGGAGCAAGAGAUGCAGACACUAAAAUCUGGAAUGGGAUGGUAGGAGAACUUGUAUAUGGGAAAGCAGAGAUUGCUAUUGCACCUCUAACAAUCACUUUGGUUCGAGAGGAGGUCAUCGACUUCUCUAAGCCUUUUAUGAGUUUAGGCAUCUCUAUUAUGAUCAAAAAGCCUCAGAAAUCUAAACCAGGAGUGUUUUCCUUCUUGGACCCUCUGGCCUAUGAGAUCUGGAUGUGCAUAGUGUUUGCAUACAUUGGUGUCAGUGUGGUCUUGUUCCUAGUCAGUAGAUUUAGUCCAUACGAGUGGCACACAGAAGAACCUGAGGAUGGAAAGGAAGGACCCAGUGACCAGCCUCCCAAUGAGUUUGGCAUCUUUAACAGCCUCUGGUUUUCCCUGGGUGCCUUUAUGCAACAAGGAUGUGAUAUUUCUCCCAGAUCCCUGUCAGGUCGGAUUGUUGGAGGUGUCUGGUGGUUCUUCACACUUAUCAUUAUCUCGUCCUACACUGCUAAUCUGGCUGCGUUCCUGACAGUGGAGAGAAUGGUCUCUCCCAUAGAAAGUGCAGAAGACCUGGCCAAACAAACAGAAAUUGCCUAUGGAACACUUGAUUCGGGGUCAACAAAAGAAUUCUUCAGAAGAUCAAAAAUAGCAGUGUAUGAAAAGAUGUGGACCUACAUGCGAUCGGCAGAGCCAUCUGUGUUCACUAGAACUACCGCUGAGGGCGUGGCUCGUGUCCGCAAGUCCAAGGGCAAAUUCGCCUUCCUCCUGGAGUCCACGAUGAACGAAUACAUCGAGCAACGAAAGCCCUGUGACACGAUGAAAGUGGGAGGAAACCUGGAUUCCAAAGGCUAUGGUGUAGCAACGCCCAAGGGUUCCUCAUUAAGAAAUGCUGUUAACCUCGCAGUUUUAAAACUGAAUGAACAAGGCCUCUUGGACAAAUUGAAAAACAAAUGGUGGUACGACAAAGGAGAAUGUGGCAGCGGGGGAGGUGACUCCAAGGACAAGACGAGCGCCUUGAGCCUGAGCAACGUGGCAGGCGUCUUCUACAUUCUGGUUGGCGGCUUGGGCUUAGCAAUGCUGGUGGCUCUGAUAGAGUUCUGUUACAAGUCCAGGGCAGAGGCGAAGAGAAUGAAGCUGACUUUUUCCGAAGCCAUAAGAAACAAAGCCAGGUUAUCCAUCACUGGGAGUGUGGGAGAAAACGGCCGUGUGCUGACCCCCGACUGCCCCAAGGCCGUACACACAGGAACUGCAAUUAGACAAAGUUCGGGAUUGGCUGUCAUUGCAUCGGACCUACCAUAAAAACCAAAAAAAUAAUUGAGUGCCUUAAUCAAACUGUGUUGGUGACUGAUGGAAACGCAGCCCCGAGGGACAGGCCAAGCGUGGAUCUUGGAUAAACCCAUCCUUUGGCUGAGAGCAGGAAAGACACACUGAGCGCCAGACAGAACCAGUGCAUGAGUUCAGCACGGAAAUGCAGACUCGGAAUUUUUUUAUCAGGAAAACUCACAAUUUAGUUUUUUGGGGGGAGUGGGUGGGGUAUAUCUGGGAUAGGUGUAUUAACAGCAACAAAUUUCACUUGACCGCACUUAAAACUAAUCAGACUGGCCAGUUAGCGCAUUAAACUGUGAAGUUUUUUCUCAAAAAGGUCUAUGUCACCACAGCAAGAGAUUCAACAGUUAUUAGAGGUCAAGGAACCUGCUACCUGUGUCUCCAGAACACCCAUAUAAUCGAUGGAAUAAUCUGCAGAUGAGACAAGCAGUCACUAAGAUCUGAUAAGAAAAUAAUAAAUAUGUAAAUCCUGUGAAAAAAACAACAAAAUUUAAAGAAAGUAUUUACAGUUACUUUGGAAAUAAAACAAUACUGAAACAUGCUUGCUUUUUAACCGAAGUAAAUCCAGUAGAGGACAACACAAUUGUUUUUUCUAACCAUCUUAGGGAACAAUACAUUGCAAUAAUUGACAAUAAUGCCAUCACUGUAAUAAACUUUAGAGACUUUUUUUUAAUGUAAAAGUUGUUGGUCACCUUGUUUCCUGUAACCUUCACUCUGUCACACAAGUUGGCUCAUAGGCUGUGUUUGUCUAUCAGAAACAAAAAGAAAAAACAAGUGAAGAAAAUGUAGGCAUGAAGUCAUCCAUCUGCAAUGUAGAAUUUAACAGACUACGGGUCACUCAUGUUGUCAAUAUAAUUUAUAAUCCUGUUCUAUGUACAAAAUUGUGGGUUUUUUACCCACCCAAAAGAAUAAAACAACAAUUUUUCUUACAGUAUCUA